GCACUUGAGUAAACUUGAACGAGUAAACAACAUUUCCUGAUACUACCCACUCCACCGAAACUGACCGAACCGGACCUAACUUUCGGAAUGCGCGGACGCCGGUGUCUCUCAUCUCGCCACACCGAUUUUUCGGAGUCGGAGAGCGAGUCCGAGUCCGAAUCCGAAACCAUGCGUUGCAUAUCGUGCAGGGAGGAAUACGGGACACGUGACGCGGGCACGUGCAAGGAGUGUUACGAGGAGGCGAGCGAGACCGAGGAGGAGCUCAAGCGAGAGAUCGAAGAUCUUAAAGCUAAAGUUGCCUUUCUGAGAUUUUGGUCUCCGCUUGAUCACCAUGCUAGGUCCCACAAUGGCCCUUGUUACACCGAUGUCGUUUUGGUCGCCACCUCCGAGGAUGGCUCCUCUGGCUUCUCCGUUCCCGUCCCUGCCCAUAAAGCCGUUUUGGUGAGCCGUUCUCCAGUGUUCAAAGCCAUGCUAGAGAAUGAGAUGGAGGAAAGCCGGAGUGGCACUAUAAAGAUUAGUGAUGUGACAUACGAUGCACUUCGUGCAUUUGUCAACUAUUUGUACACUGCAGAAGCAUGCCUUGAUGAGCAAAUGGCCUAUGACCUUUUAGAACUGGCGGAAAAAUACCAGGUGAAGCACCUUAAAGCAUACUGUGAGAAGUUCCUGGUAUCCAAGUUGAAUUGGGACAAUUCAGUUAUGAGCUAUGCUUUUGCACACCAGCAUAAUGCUAAACAACUGCUUGAUGCAUCUUUGUCAUUGAUCACUGACAACAUGGACAAGCUUACCAAACGGGAGGAGUACAUAGAGCUUGUUGAAAAAGACCCCCGCCUUGUGGUGGAGAUCUACGAAGCUUACCUCUCUAAACAGGUGAAUACUGCAGCCCAUAAGGAUUCUUCCAUGAAGUAAGGAGUGAGUACAGUUUUCUUCCUGUGCUGAUCUGAAACCAGUAUCAUUAUUUUUUGGGGGGGAUAAGAUAUGAGUCAUUGAUUAGUGUUUACUGUUUAUGGAGUCUCUGUAUGUAGAUGGAGAUAAUAUGAACAAACUAAAAUAUUUGUUGGUUGGAAAGUUUUGUAGUAGUUUUCGACUAUAUUGAUGGGCAUGUCAAAGUUUUUUAAAAGAUGUUAUUGGUGGCAAAACUUGAAAUUGUAAAAUGUUGUGGAUUUAUAGAAAUCAUCUAGUGUUA